AUGAGCAUGCUAUCGACCACCCGUCGAGCUCUCUGCGGGCAGUCGUCCCUCGCAAUGGCCGCAUUACGACUCACCAUCUCCCGGACUAGCCUUCCCCUCGCAGCCGUGUUCCAUCGGCCAUCAUCUUCCUCUUCCACCGCAGCCCCACUCCAGCCCUCUAGCUCUCCUAAACCAGCGCACGCGGACCCCCUCAAUCCCGACAUUCCCCUCAAUCACCUCUCCCAACCUAUAACACCCCUCCCUCCGCCCCUCCCCUCCCUCGGUCCCUCCUCACCGAUAACCAGAGAAGCCCUACAUCGCCUACAUCGCCUUUCGGCGCUCAACCCACCGGAAGAGGGAUCGGCGGAAGAGGCGGAGCUGUUGAAGGGUCUCGGAGGGCUGGUGGGGCUCAUGGAAGCUGUCAAGGCGGUGGAGCUUCCGAAGGGGGAAGGAGGAUACGGUGCAUUGUUGGGUAGAGGGGUCGGGGAGCUGGUCUUGGACUUUGAUGAGUCAGAGGAUGCGCCAGAGAAGCGAGGUAGUGAGCCGAUGGAGAAGAUGGAGGUCCCGGGCGGGAGAAAGUUGUUAGAGUACGCUACGAGGCGUAAGGGGGAUUACUACGCUUCGCGCUUGCCUCAGAAGAUAGAGUAG